AUGAAUUCGGUAGAUUGUUGUCGAAUCUGCUUAAUCCCAGAUGAAAACAGUGAAAUGGAAUCUCUAUUCAAGGAAUUCCCUGAAAAAAAUUUAAUUAUUGAAAAAAUUGAACUUUGUGGUGGAAUAAAAAUAGAAGUUAGAGAUGAUUUGCCAAGGAAGAUCUGUGAACAAUGUUUAUUUUCGCUCAAUGUUUCUUAUGACUUUCGCAAUCUUUGUCAAACAAAUGAUUUGAAAUUGAAAGAUAUUUAUGUUUCUGAAAAGCUGGAAAUAAAAGCUGAACCAACAACUGAUCGUAUUCCGGUGUUGGAAAUUCAAGAAGCUGCUUCAUAUCUUUCAGAACAUUCAAAUGAUUCAAGUGAUUACGUCCCUUGCGAAAAUGAAAUCAAAGAUGAAGAUGAUGAUGAUGGAGAAGAAGACGAAAACGACAAAGAAUACAAACCAAUUAUGCAAACUAAAAAAAAGAAAAAUAAAUCACCAGCUUCCCUUCCAUUUCCAGCAAAAAGAUUGGGACGGAGACCGAAGAAAAAGGAGAUACAAAUUUGUGAAUUAUGUGGAAAUGUUUACUCACGUCCCAGUCUUUUGGUAAUGCAUAUGCGAAGACAUGCAGAUGAGAAACCAUUUAGUUGCGAAAUUUGCCAGAAAAGGUUCACCUGCCAAUCAGAAAUAAAUCGUCAUAUGAGAGUUCAUACUGGUGUACGUCCAUUUAAGUGCCAAUAUUGCGAUAGAAGAUUCAGUGAUCGCAGCACGAAUAUUAAACACGAACGUACACAUACCAAUGAACGUCCAUUCGAGUGUGGUACAUGCGGAAAAGCUUUUACAUAUUCGAAUGUCUUGAAGAAUCAUAUGCUUACACAUACUGGCGAAAAACGCUUCAAAUGCGAAAUUUGCAACAAAACAUUCUCCCGCACCCAUCAGCUUAAACAGCAUCUUCUAACAAUAAUCCAUCAACAAAAGGAAGCCCAACUGAAUAUUUACACCAAAGUGGAAGUAAUAAGCAAUGAUGAUGUUGUCAUCAGUUAAAUAUAUUAGAUUUAAGAAUUUCAGUUUGAUAAACAAACCUGUUAAAUAAAUUUUAAAAAAAUAUAAAAAAUAAAAAUAAAGUAUCAUGGAUAAAGCUAUC